AAAUUUUCUUUCUGGAAAUGGGCCUUAUCACUGUAACAGUUUGUAACACUAUCAAUGACAAUGUGUAACACUACUGACUGCGCUGUAUCACAGUACUAACACUACGCAACAUUAUAUGUAACAGAUAUUGUAAUGAAAAUACUGCCAUCGAAAACAGUUUGAUGACUAUUUAACUUGGUUAAAUUUUCGAAUUUUGAGAAACGUAUGAAAUACUAUCUGAUAUCUGAAACAAUUAAAUAUAUCUUGAACCAUUUAAUGCUCUAUCCUCGUCCCACGUCCCACGCAGCAAUUAAUCCGCGAGCCACGACCUUUGUCUCUGUUGAGACGCAUGUGCAAGUGUUUACACAGACUGCUAAACAAAACAUUGUGAAAUAAUGAAAAUAAUCCCACUAGGCAGUAAUUAUUCACUUCUUUUGUAUCGUGCAUUUGAUAUGCCUGUCAACGCUUCGCAUAUCCAAAUAGCGCCAAAAAGCCUUGGCCGCCGCGAGAAAGUUUUAAAACGGAAUUCCGAAAUUCUAAGAAAAUUGGAACGAAGUGUAAAGUGUUCCUCAGUAAAAUAUGCCAAUGUCGCUAAAUAUAUAGUGUGGUUAAAACAUUAGGGAUUAAAAACGAUGAAAUUUCACUUGUGUUUUCAUUUAAAACAUAAACCCACGCCAGAAGUUAUUAAUAAUCCGUCUUUAGGUUUGUUUAUUUUUGUUGUUAUUUACCGGUGGCUCAAAUGUAAAUGAGGCACUGACGUCAAGACACUUAUGUAUUCGAGGCGAUUGCCCGUGGGUGGUUGGUCUUAAAGAAACAACAAUGUUUCCUGCAACCGAACGACGUGACCAAAUUCUCGCUUUUGCUUGAGUGAACCGUUCUGUCUGUUUACCGUACAUCUAAAGAAGCAUUUUUGCUACAAACAAACAACAGUUUCAGGACGAACGCAUCGGAUUUGUGUUGUCAAGUCUAGAAGAGAAUUAUUAAUUACCUACUUGAUAGCCAGCCGCGCGUAAGUUGUUGUUUUAAUAUUGUUUAGUCGACUGUCUUUGCUUUAAAUUUCGCUUGUUUUUGUUCAAUUUUGUAGGCGAACUUGUGCUUUAUUAAAGGUAAAGUAUGAAAGUUGUAUGUGGGGUUUAAAGAUAGCUUGAAAAUGUACGAAAACGACACUGAAUUGGCGUGGUGUUUACUUGUUGUUAUUUGUGAAAUUUAACAGCUGCUAUCGUCGAUUCGUCGUUCAUGUAAACCCAAUCACCUCGCGUCGUUGUUUAGGCUUUUGGCAGGAAUUUUGGAAAGAAAUAGUGUUAAAUUAUGUUAUUUAUUCACUGGGAUUUGCCGUUUGAGUCCUCAGAAUUUACAAGUUUUAUUUACCGAAGUUAGGUACAGUUUAUUUUGCGACAUAAAAGUUCUUGUUUAGAUUUUGUCUCAAAAUUGUUUUGUAAUUCGAUGUGGACUUUGGCUUCCUGAGGGUUAAUGUGGCCCAAUUUUCGACCUAUUUGCCUUGUUUUGUCUUCUGAGAUGGCGACAAGAAGCUUUGGCGAAGUAAAUAAAACGAAACUUUGUGAUUACAAGGCUUAUUUACCGCCGAAUAAUAUAUAAAGUUACAGAAUUUGCAUAAACUUUAUAGCAUUGUUUUCCUGCCAAAAGUUAACAAGCGUUUCAAUAAAAACUGUCAAUCUUUCUUCAUAUGCCAUAUAUCUUUGAAUACUUUUUAAGUACCUUUCAUUUUGUAACAUUCGUAAUUUUGUAAAUCUCAUUGUACAUUUAAAUUUUUUAGAAGCCGGCGUUUUCUGUCGACGCUUGUAGAGCGGAGUCGUGUUUCGACAAAGGAAGUUAUUACAUGGUACAAAGAAGGCAGCCAUUCCUUGGACUUCUCUCGCGUUAUAAAUAAUGGCACUUGCUUAAUAAUGAAAGGCCCGAAAAGUAAAAAGGUUCGUCUCAAACCAGGUGUAUUUAAAAAAAAACAACUUGAAAAUUUUAGCGAAAAUACAUUAAUUUGCAACAACCAAGGUCAAAUUACAAGAAGUUAAUUUUUGAGCAUGACGCAUGACAUUCAUUUCCUUGGAAAUAUAAUUUUUGUUUCAGAAUGUUAUCUAUUCUUUGGUAAAGGUUAUAUAUCAUAACUUUAUAACAUAAAUCAUUGUCAAGUGAUUUUAUUUGGUAAAAUAUUAACAGUUCCUAUAUUCAUUAAUGAUGUUAAUAUUUUUAAUUUGAUACACAAGAGUGUUCCUGUUUAUAUGGGGAUCCAUCAAUCGGGUUAUAUUUAAAAUAAAUGCCUAUUCAAAUCAAUAUUAACCUCUAUCAGAACUGCAUAUGACAUAGUUUUUCUGUUUCCAUCUUCCCUUGAUAGGUACAUUAAUAAUUAACCAACAAAUCUUCCCAUGUCUUUUGUAAGCUUUUUAGACAGCAGUCUGCCUGCUUUUAUUGUCAUGAAAUAUUUCAAUGAUUCAUGUUUAUCUCCUAAAACACACCAAGGUUUUGUUGCAAACAUCUGCAACACACUUUGGGUACAUGGUAUUUAUAACAAAACGAAUGCAAAAAAGCAGGAAAAAUGAGCCCAUAGAUCAUAUGACUGCCAAUUUUUCAUUGGGCCAUUCCAGAAAACAUCCAUACCUCCCCACAGAGGAAAUUGGACGUUAACCCUGCUACACCCUUUGGAUGUCAUAAUACAUUUACUAUUAUCAGAAACACAUUUGUCUUCCCUAGCCCGGCCAGUAGAAAUUUCCUCUAUUAGGGAAUGUGGAUCUUUUUUGGAACAACCCAUUCUAAUAUGCACCUAAACUAAAAAACAUAUAAUUUAUCCAACUAAAAUUGUAGCAUGUAAGCCUGGCUUUAGAAAACUUGUCUGCCUAAUAUGUACACAUUAUGUACAGAUCAACCGCUAGAGUCAGCCCCUUGACAAUUCCUGUGUCGGUUGAUCGAACGCUUUGGAUUGAGUUCACACAUACUAGUUUUGUUUUGUAAUUUUAACAAUGUUCAAGCGGCAAGAGCGCAAACAGGACUUUAAGACCUGUGACGCGAGGCAUUCUCCUGUUACAAUUAUUAGGUAUAAAUGGAUACUCCAUUUAGUUUACUCUUAUGGAUCAAUUAAACUUAAUUUUGCAAUGUACCAUAUAUAAUUUUUGUCAAUCUGCAAAGUUAUUGCACCAUAGGUGAUAGCCUAUGAUAAAAAUGAAAAAAACACCCAUAAUUGGGCACCUGUGCUCUCCACUUGACAGUAAAAUUGUCUACCGCUAGUAAACCAAUAAAGUAAUGUGCAUCAUAGUACAAUGCAGCUUAAUGGGUUAAUUAACAAGGCACAUCGAAUGUGCGUGCUACAUUGUCAGAUUAUUUUGUUAACCCUUAUGCUCUCCCCUUCACAAGUAAAAUUGUCUGGUGUUGGUCAGAGUAAAACAAUGAAGUGGCCUGAUGCUUGUGAUGUUACUCUGAGUGUAUAUCCACACCGGGCAAGCUCGAAAAAUAUGCCUGACCACGGUGGGAAUCGAACCUAAGGGUAUACUAGCCCAAUGCUCUGCCAACUGAGCUAUGCGGUCUGGCCUACUUCAUUGUUUUACUCUGUCCAACACCAGACGAUUUUAAUUACUUGUGAAGGGGAGAGUGCUGCUGCUCAAUAUGGGUUAACAAAAGUAGGGCAUGCAGUGUAACCUGACAGUAGGGCAGCACACUCACCUUGACAAUUAGUAAAGUUGUCUGGUGUUAGACAUAAUAAAAUAAUAAACUAGGGCACAUCAGGGUGUGUUGCUACUUAAAGGGUUAAUUAUGAAUUAAUUAAUGCUGCUAAAUCAACUGUUCAAUUAUUGAUUACUAGAUGACAAGUGACAGGAAAAUAAAUAGAAGCCCCAUUCCUAUGAUCGUCACCAUUGCCCCGGGUGAUCGUGACUAUUCCCGCUCGUCAAAACCAGAAUGUAACCAUUGCGGUGGUGAGGUACCUGACGCUAGACACGUCCUGCACGUUGACUUUGACAAAACACCUAUGAAUCCAUCGACGUCCGAGAACUCCCUGGCCAUCAUUCGACCCUCAACCUGUGGGUGUGCUCACAGUGAAGGUAGUCAUAGUCACCGUCAUUCACCACAUUUUAAAAAGGAUCAUGGAGACAGGUACGUGUUACAGUUAGCAAUGGUGUGACUUUAUCAAUUGGUGCUGGGAUAUGACCAUUCAUAUAUACAAAUAAACUCUCCCAUUGACAGGAAAAAUUUCUGGCAAAAAAUAAUAAAACAGGUUGCAUUUGAACACAUUGCAACUUAAUGUGUAAACAAGACACAUUCAGUCAGAUGGUUUUGUUAAACCCAUUUAUGCAUUAAUUGCAAGCGCCAAGCGCUGUCCCCUUGACAAGUAAAAUUAUGUGGCAUUAGACAGAGUAAAGUGAUGCUCUCCCCUUGACGAGUAAAAUUGUCUGGCAUUAGACAGAGUAAAAUGAUAAAGCAGGGCAUAUUGGGGUGCAAUGCAACUUAAUGGGUUGACUAGGCACAUAGACAGAUAUACUCUGAUAAAGCCAUUGAGAGCCAGCACUCUCCCAUUGAUAAAUAAAAUCAUCUGGCAUUAGACAGAGUAAAAUGAAACACUAGGCUGUAUUAAUGUGCAAUGCAACUCCCCAAGAAGUCUUCUUAAUAAUUACAAUUAUCUGGCAUCAGACAGAUUAAAAUGAUAAAGUAAGGUGCAUUUGGGUGCAUUGCAGCUUAAUAGGUCAAGGGACCCACUGUAUUUUGAUAUAUAGAUUGUUGAAUUACAUUUUGCUAAUUCCACGUCUAGGGAGCUCAGAGAUGGCAGCCAUCACCAUAGCCACAAUACAUGUAACCAUUCCAAUGGCGAUCGCGAAUGCUGUCCUGACCAUUCACGAUGCUGUCACAGUUCAGCUGGUGAUAACUACCAUCACCAUCAUUUUCACCGCUCUUCAAUGCCACCACAACCACCACCCUUACUGUUACGACCAACCAGUGGCGCUGAUCCAACCAACCAACAUCAGGUAUGAGCAUGUCUUGUAAAUAUAACAUAGGGACCACCCAUUUAUGCAAAAUUGUUUUGAGAUGCAAGGAACAAUAGAAAUGACAGCAUUUAAACAAUAGGCAUGUGCAAAAACUGCUUCAAUUCUAUCUCCUUAGUUGCAUAUAUGUACUAAAUGCAUGACCCCAUACCCAAGCCAACUCACAGAGAUAUAUCCUCUAUUAAGCCCCCUGCUCAAAUAUUCACUCCCCUGUUAAAUGACCCCUCUUUAAUAACCACCCACCUCCUCUGUUUAGAGAAUGACAUUUAUUAACCCACUCCAACCUAACCCACCCCACCUCCUCUGUUUAGAGAAUGACAUUUAUUAACCUAACCCACCCUAACCCACCCCACCUCCCCGAGCUGCAACAAUGAAACAUGUGUAUACUGAAUAGAUUGGUCUGGAAAUUAUAUAGCGUGCAUAGGUUGAAUACUUGUGGUUGUGCUGAUAAUGAUUAAUGUAGUUUUUGGGAUGAAAAAUUAAAAUAGAAAAUAAUGUAGCAUGCCUAGGUCGGAAGCUUGCGGUUGCGCUAAUGUUUCAUUUAGUUUUUGGGGACGAGAAGUUGAAAUUAGAAGGAAUAAUUAAAGUAGCGUGCGUAAGUUGUCGAAUGCUUGUGGUUGCACUCAUAAUGUAAAUUAGGAAAUGCUCAAUGCUUUCUCUUCCUCUGGGCGUUUGCGUGUUCGUCAUAUAACUACGUCUACGGAAGUUAAUAAUUGUAUAUAACCUGGCACUAUACCUGUACUAUGACUUAACCUACAACAUCUCAACAUAUUGUUCUUCACCCUGACUUUAUUGUGAGCGCAUUGAUUUGAAGGAUGGGAAGCUUUGCACUCCAGCAGGGUUGCCAACAAACCGUCAACAAGUUGUGUUCGCACUGCUUGUCCCAAGUUGUGAACAAGUAUGGAACAACUUGUUAGCAGUUGUGACAACCUUGUUGGUAUUAUCAGACUUGUUGCAAGGUUGUUCCAGUCAUGAUAUAACAAUAUUGUUACAACCUUGUGUCGUCAACCUUGCAUAUUCUUGUUAUAUCAUGACUGUAUCACACUUGUUUGAACAACCUUGUAACAAGUCUGAUAAUGCCAUCAAAAUGUGUCGUUAAAAUUUGUUAACAGCUUGUUCCAAACUUGUAACAACAACUGGGAACAAGCAGUGUGAACACAAAUUGUCGACAGCUUGUGAACAGAUUUGUAACAACUUGUUUGCAGACCUGUAACAAUUUGUGCGUUAUUACGUGUUAAGUUAUUUUUUGUCGUAGUGCAAAUUUUGCCGAGGGAAGUGGUCUUGUUACAUUGAGAAUUUCUUAAUUCAAUUUUAUCCCCUCUUUCAAGAAUAUUGUGGAAUUUUACGUAUUGAAAUAAUCUGAGAAGCGACUGACAAUUGGCGAAUAAAAUAAAUAUCCCAUUUACCAGAAACACAGAAUGACGGAAAUCUUAUUCCUAAUCUAACGGAAAUUCAGUAAGGGAAUUAUGACAACAUGCACGAAUUGAGAGCCCUGGUUUCCGUAGCAGCCUUUGAUGAAAAUGAUAGAUCCAUGUGAAAUGCCGUAGAACUGGCGAAAAUUUCCGAGCUUUUAGGGAAAUUCCAGGCUUGCAUACUACGCCAAUAAGUCUGCCCCCCGUCGACAUGCCAGAAAUAUAUUUUUUGAUCCCCCUUUUUUACACGAUAUAAAAUUAUCAAAAGUGAUAAGAAUACAUCAUUUGGGCUAGGAGCCAUAAAGAAACCAUUGGACGCUUUUAGUUCUUGGCCCCUAGUAUAGAACAUACCAUAUAACAUUGUAAACAUAGAUUUUUGGUCAUUUAAAUUAUAUAUACAAGCGAGAAAAGUUAUCAAUUGCAGUUUAAUAUUCAUAUAAAACUAGGGCAUAGUAAUGAAGAUACUAGAUGAUAAACAAUACAGAGACUUUUUAUAAUAUUGAUAAUGCAGUAGGAAUCAAAGAGGUCAAAAGUGGAUGAAGUUUUAGGAGUUUUCCUGUAGAUAGACUAGUUUUUUGAAUAUUUUGUAUGAUUUGAUAGAUUUCAGAUCCCUCGUUAAGUUAUUCCAGUUAUCUGCGCCUUCCUUGGAUAAAUAAGUUCUGUGAUGGUAAUCGUCUAAAGAACAUUCUUCCCAUUCAAAUCAGGGAUGGAUCCAGCAUGAUCUAGUUGCUCUGCCAGCUCUGGUGCCGAGUUGUGUCGGUCAUGUGCGCCGCCCGCCCAUCAACAUACAGCAGUAUUCUGGCAAUUAGGCAAAACAGCCUUCUUGGCAGGCCAUGCGGCUCUCACCUCCGCAGAAGCUUCUGUUGGCUAUCACGAUUAGUAUAUUGAGAUACAUUUCACUACACUUUACAUGGCGGAUCAACUAAAGCCUCUGCGGAGGAGAGAGCUCCAUGCGGUACAAGUGUACAAAUGCAUCCCUGUUCAAUAUCAUGAUUGUUUUCUAUUCCUUUGCAAAGUUUCUUCUAGCCAGAGAAUGGCAAUCAAUUCAUGGACAGAGACUGGAUGUUCCUGUUGUAAACGGAGUUGGCUAUGCUGUUUAUGGUGAGACUAAAAAAUAUAUACAAAACACCAAUGCUGGAAACUGUCCGGCAAUGUCAGUAGCACCGCUGCCAUUUUCUUACGAACUUGCAGGAAAUUUUUAAUUUUAAUUUUAUUUAAUUUUACAAGCUAAAUAACAAUAAUUACAUAUAUAACAUUACAAAUGUGAUGUGAUCCCAGAAAGUAAACGUACAAGUACAAUGUUACACAAACAUACACACACACACACACACAUAUAGACACCAUACAUAUAUGUAUAUAGGCCUAUAGUUUUUCGUUUUACCUCAAAACAACCACAACAGUCUGUUUCAUCCGUAUAGGAAUCAUCAGGUGGUCCUGAUUAGGUCAUUAGAGAGUUAGAUUUAUCGGUUAUUGAUCCUGGUAAUAUGUUCCAUAUUCUUGUUGUUCUUAUCGUAUAAGUCUGUUGGUAGGUAAAGGUUUUACAUUUCCUAACUUGGAAGUUUAUGGAGUUCGGAUCCACUGAUCUUGUAAUUCGUGAGUUUUCAUUAUGUUUGGGAACAACUGCAUCCGAGAGGCACAUGAUACCACAAUUUGCCUUGUAGAAAAAUAACAUGUCUAGAUAUUCAUGCCAAUAACUUAGGUGUAGAAAGACCAAGUCAAUAAGCCUUUGGAUGUAGCUGCUUUUCGUCAUCUUACAUACUGGAAUGCCGUAUAAUUUACUUAUUUGCAAGUCGCGAUUGUCUUGUGCCAAAGUCACACUGUGCGGCACCAUACAUUCUGUGAAAUCUACAUAUGCAGGACGUUUUAUAUUUUUUUAUGUAUAUUUAAACAUAUUUUGUUACAGAUAUUUCUCCCAGAGCAUCGCUCAUCAAGGGAGAUUAUGUCGGAUUAUUUACAAAGUUACUUACAUAAAAAAAAGGAUUACAUCAAAACAUCUGGUAUUCAUUCUCAAGUUUUCCAUGAAACAACAUAUUAUUAUAAGAAAUUUAUAUGGAAGAAUUUACCACACCAAUGUUUUACAAAACAAGUUUAAAAAAGUUACUCGGCCUAAAACCGCUUUGUAUUUAGAAUAAAUAUAAUUGGACAUUUUCCAUUAAUUUUACAUUAUCUUCAUGCCCAAGAUUUUCCGAUCCAUGCUUUUGUUCGUGAUGUUACAAAGUGUAUAUAUCCACACCGGGCAAGCUUGAAAAAUAUGCCUCCACGGUGAGAAUAGAACCUAUUACGACCUUUGGAAAGUUUUAUGUUUAUUUUUCGAUUUUGUUGCCAAGAAGAGAAAUAUAUUUUUUAGGCCCGAGGUGCAUCAUCCCAUGGAAAACAUUCAUAAAAAAACGAGUUUCCAAAUCCCCAAGGGGAAAAUUUUUAGAGCUUCCCGCGCUAAAUCACACAAAUAUAAUUGACUUUGAAAAACACUUGAAAUCCUGCCAAGUCUCUUAGAACUGAAAAUUCCGCAUUCCCGGCCUAGAGAAAAUAUCCUUCCUGGCAGCAAAAUUCAAAAAUAAAAAUUUCCUGUAUAAAGGCCCAGAGUUACACUACACAACGGUAACGAUACGAUGACUUGUAAACACGCGAUGAUUGGCAAAAAAGUUAUGUUAGUGUCCACACUACAACGUCAACGAAAAUGAUAUUAACAUUAUCGUUUGAGGAUAACGAUAACGUAUUUAAAAUCGCUCACCCGAGCGAGAUUUUUUUCAGUCGGACGAUAACGAUACUGAAAUUUUUAACGAAAAAUAAAAAUUGUGUAGAUUUUAGAUAACAUACGUAUAUGGUGUCACACAGAGUGCAAAAUGGGUUUCUAAACAACAAGUAGAUUAUAUGGCAUUCUAGAAUUUAGGAAGAUAUUUUGUUCAAGAUUUCCUGUCACUAACGGUGUUGCUGGCGCUGUCGGACCACUGCCGCAUUCCACAAACAAAAAGUGGGUCUCACCCCCUCGAAGUUUUCUACAAUUUAUUGGGGUCUUAAUUGAUCCAAGACUUUUCAAACCAUUCUGAUUCAUUUAUGUUAUAGGCUGCCAACAUCCUCUAUAUGUUCACGGUGUAUGUCAGUGGCCAGGCUGUGACACGUUCUGCGAAACAUUUCAGCUAUUCAUGCAGUAAGUCCAGAUAUAUGCCUGUCAAGUUUUUCCUAUACUUUCAACAAUCUGUUGUGAACCUUUUGUGAACCAUAACUUAUUGUCGCACUCAGGUCACUUUUCAAAGCGCUGUUCCCAACUUUGUUGUGAAUACUCCCGAUUACGUUUCUAAAUUUUGAAUAUUGGGCGUGGGACGUGCAUACAAAAACAACAUCGCAAGUUGCUUAAUAAACUACCGAUGUACUGAACUAAAGUAACGAAGUACUCAACAUAUUGUUGAACUCAUAAUGUGUUUUACUAACUUCAAACACUAAUUAAUAAUUCAUAAGCAUAUUGGCAAAUCAUGUCAACCAUAAUAUGUCACGUUAAGAGGCUUUAUACCUGAUAAAACUCAUCUUUAUUAUAUUAUAUUAUUUAUAUAAAAGUCCAUCCUAUAAUUAGUAUUCUCCAUACAAAAAAUACUAAUGUGACGGCAUCUAUUGUAGUCGUGUUUGAAGCUAUUCAAAACACUUGUAUUCGUGUUUUAUCAUAUCUAAAAUGCUCGUGCUGCGCAUUCGCAUUUUAAAUAUGAUAAAACACUCCUACGCGUGUCUUAAAUAGUACAUAACCAACGAAUUAAUCACUGCAAAUUACGAGUUUAUGUUCAGCAUACUUUGGUACACACGUUAAAACGCACAAGUUGUUACAGGUCUGCAAACAAGUUGUUACAAAUCUGUUCACAAGCUGUCAACAAGUUGUGUUCGUACUGAUUGUUCCCAGUUGUUGUAACAAGUUUGGAACAAGCUGAUGACAACUUGUAACAUGCUUGAUGGCAUUAUCAGACUUGUUACAAGGUUGUUCUAACAAGUCUGAUGCAGCCAUGAUAUAACAGGAAUGUUACAAGGUUGACGAAACAAGGUUGUAACAAUAUUGUUAUAUGACUGUAUCGGACUUGUUGGAACAACUUUGUAACAAGUCUGACAAUUUCAAUAAGUUUGAUUUAAUUUAUAAGCUUUACAAUCAACAAAACGAUUGAAGGUACAGACAACAGGACUGAGGAGUCCCAAAUUAAGUCCUACCUACACAUUACAUUGACAUUGUAAAACAAUAGAGACAGGUUACAACUUUAAUUAACAAAGCUACAAUACAAAAUUACAACACACGAUCAAUGCGUUCCAAACCAUCCUUACACUUUCCAAAGUUAAUAUGAACUAGACAUGGACCGCCCAAAUCCUUUCUAAGUCAACUGCCUUAAAAUGAAGAGAUUUUCUAUUGACGAAGAGACCUUCUUCUUCAUUAAAAUGAAGAGACAGCUUGUUCCAAACUUGUUGACUUGUUGCGUGUGUAGUUUAUAAGCAACUUCGCAGGCUUUGCAAGUUCCACGCAAGGGAAACGUGAUUGGAAUAUUCACAAAUAUGAAAUCAACAAUAAUAACGCACAAACAAGUAAAAUGAAUAAACCUCUUUUCACUUUGUCCUUUUUAAGCCAUCUCAAUGGUGAGCACCCUUUGGAUGACCGCAGUACAGCUCAGGCUAGAGUUCAGAUGCAGAUGGUCUCACAUUUAGAGGGACAGGUAAUGUGUAUUCUUUGAAUCAGUGAAAUCACUUUUCCAAGCGUAUUUUGUAGCACUUCAUGAGCAUAGCGCGAUGGAAAUCUGAAUCAGUACUAUAUCUCUGUCUUGAUAUCACUCGCGGGAGUGGAUCCAGCUAGGUUUUUCUAGGGGGUACUGGGUGAGUGUUUCUUUAUAACUCUUUAGGGGGUGGUGGGAGAGUGUGAGCUCCCUAGGUGGUCCAAAGGUGGUCCAAAAUUAGAACAUAGAAAUGCCAUUUCCUGUCAUUUGGGCAUUGAAUUAUGAGCUUCAGUUUGACUUCAAAAAAGGAGAAAACUUGGAAAUUAUGCCAUAUUUCUGCACCCCCUUGCAUCCCUGUUGACCAAGGCCAACAGGGAUGCGCACCCCUGUGCACCCCCUUAUAAACCCACCCCUAACCAUUCGUAUUUUAAUAUUUAAAAUUUAUUUAAGUUAUUAAAUAUUUAAAAUAACUGAUGUAAAAUUAAUUAUUUUAGGUGAACCGCGAAAGAGACAGGUUAUCUGCCAUGAUGAAACAUUUGCACAAUCAAAAGGUUUAACUUUAUUCUUCAAUUUUUGUUUCGUAUUUUUUCUAGUUUUGUUUUUUUUAAUCUGUUGCUGUUAAUUUUUUUAACAAUGAAGAAUAUUUCUAUUUCAUUGUUUGGCAAUUUUUAACUCGUUUUAAUAAACCUUGUCCUGGUUCAAACCCCCUUCAACCUGCAACCCACUCAACCUGCAACCUGCAGGUUGUUUCUUGUGUAGAGCCCUGCUCAAACGAGAAUGAGAGUUAAUGAGAGUGGAUAAACGUUGGUGGUCAUAUGCGAGCAAGACUUACAAACACUGUCAUCCAGUGGCGUAGGAAGCAUCAAAAAGUUGGGGGGGGGGGCGGUUUCGAGGGGCACUGUUCGAAAGAAAAGGGCACCUAAAAAAAUUUUCCCGGAAAUGUUGGCGACAUGUCAUAAUUUUUUCCGGACAUAUAAUUUUUUCUGAAAAUAACAAAAUUUUUCCGGAAAUAUCAUAUUUUUUUCUCGAAAAUAAUAAAAUUUUGUUCCGACAUAUGAUAAUUUUUUCCGAAAAUAAAAAAAUUUUCGAUCUCAACGAAAUUGUUAACGUUGUCAGAAGGGUACUUUGCCACCAAAAAAAAGGGGCGCUUUUGAAAACUUUGGGGUCACGUGCCCCCAGUGCCCCCCCCCCCUUCCCACGCCAAUGCUGUCAUCAACUCCUUCUCAUCCACUUCUAUCAACUCUCAACCACUCUCAUCCUCUCCCAUCAACUCCCACCCAUCCACUUUGACCGAGGCUUGAUAGUUUUAAAGUUUUCAGAGAGUCUUGUAAACCACCUCUAAUCCUCUAUAUCAACUAUGCCUUAUUCCAACACCUAGAGUACCAUACCUAGUCCUGGCCCACCUACGAGGCAAGACUCCCCACCUCUCCACAACACUACAGUGUCUAAACCCUCCUCCACCAGCAAACCUAGUGACUCCACCACAGACCUUAUUCCCCAGGGACCACCUAAUGUCAUGGUAUGUAGAGAAACGUCCGUUAUCUCGGCACCAGUCCCUGUCAGCAGGUCACGGCCAACAUCGAGCAGGAGCAUGGAAUCUAGUGAGGAAGUGACCAAUGAUGUUGAAGAGAACGACAAAGGGACCCCAAGUACAAGCCGUGGAAAUUAUAAACGAUCUGCGCAGACAUCACCUGUGUCGGUGGCACAAGGUAUUGGAUAGUUGAAGCGAGCUAAGUUAAGAAUUUUCACACACACCUUUUUCUUCGCACGGGUUUUCUUACGGUACAUCACAUUAUUAUUCAGGUCACUCCCCAUUGGGGAUUUUCAAUGACCGAUUACAUCAAGUAUUAUGCUUAUGUUACUUACUUAGCCUGGACUAUCAGGGUUUUUUUCAGGGAUUUUUUAGGGCCGUAAAAACUCAAUCUUGAAGUGAGUUUUGAAAUUCAUCUUCUCAUCAAAAGAUUCUGUGCAGUAAAACGAAGUUGUUUGAGUGUGUGUGCAAAUUAGUUUUCAGUUGAAAACCCGAAAAUUAAGUAAACAAUGGCUGGAAUUCAUUUCACAACACAAGAAAAACAACGCAUUCACCGUCUUUAACCAGUUUAUAGUGUCCCUUAGUGCCCCUGCUUUAACACAUUGCAUCUCAACUACACUAAAGAGGGUACAGGUUUCAGCCUCCCGGUGAGACAGCCGCCUCAGACCCCCAACUGUUCAGCUAAACUCAAUCUUCUCUGCAAAAACGGACCCAAGAGAACAUCCUGAAAAAAACCCUGACUAUUUAUCUUUACACCCACCCUGUCAACUUUCCUUGUGGGAGGAAACCGGAGCGCCCGGAGAAAACCCACGACUUUCGGCAGAGCUUUAGGGUAUUGUUGUACCGGCUAAACCUUUUUUCCUACGGUACACUUUGCAUAACUUGUAAACGAGCUCUGAAUAACUCAGUCAGUCGGUUAAUAUUUAGUAAGUCAAUCAUUCAUCUUUGGAGUUUUUAGUUCGAAAAUUUGAAUAGAAAGUCAAUGAUAAACUUACAAAUAGGAUUUAUACUUAAGCUUGCGCAAAGGUCACAAAGGACUAUGUGUGCAGGCCGUACAUUCAAGAGGUUCAAAUUUGACUUGCACUAUAUAUGCGCAUUUGAUUGGUUAAUCGUGUGGAUUAGACACAUCUGAUUGGUUAGUGGUACUUAGCGAUAGCGGUAGUCAAAAUCUGAAGCUCUGAGCUUGAAGCCUAUUUGCUUGCCAUUAGUUGAACUUUAAGUUAAAUUUUACAGUUGCCAGCAAAGUCUUACUGAAAUUUACAUUAUUUGAAAAUGAAUUUUUUUAUAUAUUUUUCUUAGAUAUGCAACAGUCUGCAGAUUUUUAUCAAAAGACAGAUGUUCGUCCGCCGUUUACAUACGCUUCACUCAUCAGACAGGUAAAGGUUUUGCUAAGACAAGUGAUGGCCUGGGAAAGAUAUGGAGACAUUCAUUUAAUAUGUGCCCCACUCCCCACUGAGGGGUCUGGAUAUCCAAUGAAAGAGCAGGGGGUUUUCACCUUAACUUUCCUAGGGGUAGAUUUAAAAAAAAGGUAAAUAAUUUGGUGUUUACUAUGAGAUAAAAAAUGAAGCCAAUUCGAGCGAGACUUGGAGCAAGUCUAAAAGAGCUUAGAAAGAUAUCCUAAAAAAGGUAACUUCCAAAAAUUGUGUCAAGGGGGUGGGUUCCACAUUUUUUAUAUCCUAAGGGGUUUAUGAAGGGACCCUUCAAUAGGAGGGGGUGUCUAUAUUAAAUGAAAUGACCCAUUCGUACCUUGAUCUGAUUUUCAAACACUUCUCGUUCUAGGCAAUCUUAGAUGCCCCAGAUGAACAACUAACACUGAACGAAAUCUACAAUUGGUUCACAAGUAAUUUUGCGUAUUUCCGUAGAAAUACUGCCACAUGGAAGGUAUUUACGAUAGAUUUAUAUUAGUUGCUUUCUGUCUGGAACAUCAAGGGAAUUAGUUCAAUCCAGGGUUGGAUUGAAGAUUUUUAAAAUAAAUCUUAUUUCUUAUAUUAAUAUAAGAAGAUGACGUCCUGACGAUUUCAUCGAAUGUCCCAAUAUGAUGUCAUCAAUUUGAAUUUACAUGAACCCAAGUUUACAAAAUACGCACAUUGUUAACAGUACAAUAACCAACAUCUUUUACACAAUGUGAGUGCAUGGACUAAUUCAUGUCAAGUGCUUAAAAUCUACAACUACUUCAAAAUAGAAUAAUCCGCGAUUUUUGGCAAAAAUAUAAAUCUUCUCAUAUAAUAUAACAUAAGAAAAACUAACAUAAGACGAUGUGCCAACCCUGGGUAACAAACAACGUGUGUCAUUUAAUUUGCAGAACGCAGUUCGACACAACCUUUCACUUCACAAGUGUUUUGUACGAAAGGAGAACGUCAAGGGAGCUGUUUGGACCGUCGACGAAGAGGAAUAUCGAAAAAGAAGGCCCCAGAAAGUGUUAAGGUGUUUAUUACGCUUUAAUUCAUUUAGGACUCACAAAAUAAUCGUUUUCUCGACAUCCCAAAAUGUCAUUUGUCGUGUGUACGGACAACUUUCCCUCCACAAGUUUUGUUACUCGUAUGCAAGGAAUGUUUUUAUCCGGACCGUCUUUUGUUUGCCAAAACCAUAGAAGUAUUUCUUGUACACUUGUCAAAUUUUCCUUGGCGACACACGAACAAAUUUUCCUUGUCCAAAAGCUGGCACGACUGGCUUUGGAACAAGGCUCCUUGGCAAGGAAAACUUGUCAAUUUUUUGACGUACACACGAUAAAAAAAAAUUGUCAAAGAAAAGUUGUCAAGGAAAAAUAGCAUGUUUGUAUGGGGCUUAAUCAUAGAUAUCUUAUAUACACUAGAUAGCGCAUCUCUUUUAGUAAAGUUGAAGCCAAGAAUAUUCCAGCGGUUACCCGCAUUUGCAUAGAUGGCGGCCAUGUUGGUGUUUCCCACUCGCUAAUAAACGCUUAAAAGACAACAAUAACUUUCAUCAUUUGAAUAGUUUGAAAAUGUAUUUGGAAUAGGUUUAACUUAAUGUUUAAGUUCCCUGUUUAAGAAAUAGAAAACAUACGAGUCUUCUCAUUUCAUGGGAAUAUCCUGAGCCUGCAAUCACGGCUUCAAUUUUUGAAUUGCAGAAUAAUUAGAUGCACUAUCUAGUGUAUAUAAGAUAUCCAUGGGCUUAAUGCUCAACUACAAUUUACUGCAAGUCAGGAAUUUAAAACGCACUGUAAAUUCAAAUCGGCGAUGUGAAAUUUUGAAUAUGCAGAUGAGAUGAAACAGUAUUUAUAGGCACCUGUAUAUUUGUUGGUUAUAAACGUUAGCUAAAUAGACUCUUUCGACAAUUACGUCACGUAUCUCAUCUUGUCCUGGGAGCCUCAUUCUCAUGUUUCAAGAUGAACGGUGAUUGGCUCGCAAUUCAUGAGAGCGAGGCUCCCAGGCCAAAACAAGAUACGUGACGUAAUUAUCGAAAGGGUUUCGAAAGGGUCUAUUAGCCAUUCCGAAGUUGAUGAGUGGACUGGGCACGAGUGUUAAAAAGUGCCCAAAUUAAGAAAUGAACCAAAUCACUAAAAAGACCACCUCAAAAUUAGUAAGUAUGCAAAGUUUGAAGACGUUUACGUGAAUAUCCUUCGAAUAACAAGCUUUCGAAACUCGUGAUAUUUACUAGGAAAUGUAUUGUAAUUUCUCCCAAAAACAAUCUUUUAAUCAGUAAUUUCACAAUUUUCGAAAGCUUAUUAUUCGAAGGGUAUUCAUGUAAACGUCUACAAACUUUGUAUACUUACUAAUUUUGAGGUGGUCUUUUUAGUGAUUUGGUUCAUUUCUUAAUUUGGGCACUUUUUAACACUCGUCCCCAGUCCACUCAUCAACUUCGGAAUGGCUAAUUGUCUCUCACAUGAAUUAAUUACCGUACCAUAUUCAUUUUAGUAACCAAGUGAAACAAGACACUCCAGAUAGCAGCGAGAGUUCAGUGCUGUUUCGUGAUUCGUGUAUUUCUGAACUCCCGACCCAGGCCACAUUUGAAGUCGCCACGCGGACCAUAAUACAAGUUCCCGAGCUUAAUUCCGAAGACCUAGACGAUGACGACGAGGUGGAUUCCGACGAGCCACCGAUGAAACGAGCGUAUACCGAAACUACUGCAAACGGCUCGUCGGGAAUUUCAAAACUUGUUGAAUUUUGUUCAAAAGAUAUAAAGUAUGUUUGUUUUGUUUAUAAUGUUGUUGACCGUAGCCUGUUAGUCGUAGCACGUUUUGUGUGGUGGUCCAAAGGAUGGCCCGAGAAAAUUGUUGAAAACUAAAUAACGCCUGUUCUAUAUAAAUGAUGUUAAUUUAGUUUAGGUUUCCUUCUGUAGUAUCACUGGAUCAGUAAGAGAUGAUUCUUACUGGACCUCUAGGGAGAACAGUUUAGGACUGAUAGAGCUGUCCAGUAUAAAUAAAGUUAGUUUAGUUUAGGUUUCCUCGUGUAGUAACACUGGAUCAGUAAGAAAUGGUAUUUACUGGACCUCUAGGGAGAACAGUUUAGAACUGAUAGAGCUGUCCAGUAUAAAUAAAGUUGGUUUAGUUUAGGUUUCCUCCUGUAGUAACACUGGAUCAGUAAGAGAUGAUCUUUACAGGACCUCUGGGAGAACAGUUUAGAACUGAUAUAGAACUGUCCAGUAUAAAGAAAGUUACUUUAGUGUAGGUUUCCUCUUGUAGUAACACUGGACCAGUAAGAAAGUAAGAAAUUAUCCUUAUACAGGAUCUCUAGGGAGAACUUAGAAGAGUAAAGUUAGUUUAGCUUAGCGCAUGGCGAAGUCUUCUAAUAUGCAUUGUAAAUUCAAAAUCAAGAAUUAUUAAUUCAAAUAUUAAUUUUGGCAUUUGAAUUUGGAACCAGCUUUUUGGCAUUUGAAUUUGGGACUAUCGAUCUAGCAUCGCUCCCUCCUCUCUAACUUCUGCAGCAAUGACUUAAUCCACACACCCCAAACUAGUCUAAUAGUAUCAACUGACAUGUGUUGUAUUGUUUAUAUUUCAGCAGCCAAUUGUCUCAUACAAACGUUCAAGUCAAACUUGAACCACAAGAUGAGGGCGACCUUGAUUUAUCUGAACUGAGUUAAUAGGUAUGUUUUUUCUUGUUUGUAUUGUUGACAAGUUGUCAACAGCUUGUUGACAAUUUACUACAACGUUACAAUGUUCCAACACAGUUGUUCCAACAACUUGUUAUCGUCCUGCAAUUCAACAAUUUGUCAACAAGUUGUGAGUGACAACCUUUAAAUAGAAUUACUAUAACUGAAGUGAAAUAUCCCAAUAGUUUAGCAACGAUUAUCUUAACAGAUUUCUUUUUCUGUAGUAAGUAAAGACACGCCAGGAUGCUGCGGAGAAACUCAAAGAUUCCGCAAUUUAGAAGAAAAGGAGGCUCUUCUAUAUUUAUUAACUACUGUAAUGUUAUUCAUGAUUUCUACUAUUUAAAGUAUUUUAGACAUUUUGAGCACUAGAUAUGUAGACAUUGUAUAAAAUAAUUUAAGCGUACGCAGAGAAUCUAUAAUUAUAGUAAAUAUACCAUUAGAUCUAUGAAAUGAUUUUUACUGAAUCUCGGCCUGUAUCAUUGAACUGUAAAAAGUAGGGGGAGAAAGGUGGGGGAGGGGGGGGGGAGCUAAGUCUUUGCCUGCAGCUGAAACAAGAAUUGCAAAAAUAUUCGGGCUAAAUUACAAAGGAAAUGUUAUGAAAUAUAUUACCUUAUAUUUUAUGUUAUAUGUUGUAAAUAGAUAAAAAAUACGUUAAACAUUUCAGUGGACUAAUUUUUUCACCCAUAUGCCACACGUAAAGGUCUCACAACUUGUCAACAAGAUGUGUUUGCAACAGGCUUGUAGCAAGCUUGUCAACAAGUUGUAACAAUGCUGUUAUUUUAUCAAGUUGCUACAAGGUUGUCACUCACAACUUGUUGACAAAUUGUUGAAUUGCAGGACGAUAACAAGUUAUUGGAAUAACUUUUAACAAGUAUGUUGAGCUCAACAACCUUGUAGCAAGUUGUCAAGUUGUUGUUUGUUGUAGACAAGUUGUUGGAACAGCAUUGCUACAAGUCUGCUGCAGGUUUUGCGUGUAUUCGUUUUAUGUGUUUGGUCCGCGCGUGCCCCACGCAUCGCGC